AUGGAUAACUUCAAGUACCCCCUGACACCAGAGCAGCUUCAAAGCUUCCAGAGAAAUGGAUACCUGCUGGUUCGCGGUUUCUUCUCCGAGCCCGAGGCCAAGACACUCCAGCAAUGGGCACAGGAAGUGCAUGACUUGCCCCGCACUGCCGAUGUUCCUUGGAUGCCUUACGAGGAAGUGAACGGCAAGGGUGACCGUGUGUUGUGUCGCACGGAGAACUUCGCGAACUCCCACGCAGGUUUCGACAGCUUCCUGCGCGGAGAGCGGGCGGCGAGCAUGUUACAGCAGUUGGCGGGUGAGGAGAUGCUUCUUUUCAAGGAGAAGAUCAACUACAAGCUUGCUGGAAGUGGCGGCUUUGACCCCCACAUUGAUGCCAACGCGUACACCCACGUGAAGAACAUUAAGCAUCUCACGAUUCUCGCCGCAGUUGAUGAGAUGACAUCUGAGAAUGGAGGUCUGGAAGUUGUCAACGGCAGCCACCGUAUGCAAAUUCCUCUGGGUAGUGACCGUUGCAUUGAACCCGAAUGGGUGCAAAGCAACACCUGGACUUCAUGCGACUUGUUGCCUGGUGACAUUCUGGUCUUCGGCUCCUACUUGGCUCACCGCAGUGGCGCCAACACUAGUACCAAGGACCGACGGGCUAUCUACGCCACUUACAACUGCGCGACUGAGGGAAACCUCCAUGAUCAGUACUAUUCCGAUCGCCGGAACCUCUGGCCUGCGACGCACAUGCGUAAAGAGGGUGUUGAUUACGAGGAGGGUCGCGUGCGCUAUGCUUUCGGCUCACCGAUGUUGACAGUGGAACCGAAUGGUGUUUCGGCUUGA